GUAAGGGUAGUUUCAAUAUCAUAUAUAAAUACUCAAUUGAGCAUUAAGUCCAAAAUCGUAACUCAUCAGUCACUUUGUUCAAGAUGUCGAAAGAAGUUCAGAGUUCUCAGUCAGAAUGGCGAACAUCUUUGCCCCAAUAUGGAAGGCGUCUACCACCUGCACUUCUGGACGAGAUCGCAGCAGAGGAUCCAGAACGUGUCCUAUAUUCAAUUGCGAGGACUGAAAAUAUGCGAGAUGGUUUUCGAGAUAUCAAUUACAAAACAGUUGCAAAUGCCGUAAAUCGCUGCGCUCACUGGCUGAGACAAACGCUUGGGACUGAAAAAUCUCGGGUUUUCUGUUAUUUGGGGCCCCUCGAUCCGCGAUACAUGAUUUUGGUAAUGGCUGCUCCAAAGGCGGGUCAUAUUGCUUUCUUUACCUCCCACCGAAACAGUCUCGAGGCACAUAUAUCGUUAGUUCAACGAACUGGUUGCUCUGCCCUGCUUCAAUCGAACGAAUCAUUACCCAUUGCUCGCCGUAUUUUACAAGGUUGGCCGAUGGAAAAGAUUACAACCCCAAACUUAGACUAUUUUCUGGACGAGCAGCGUGUCGAUGUCAUUCCAUUUGAAAAACCGUUUGAAGAAAUCAGAGAUGAGCCUUUCUGCAUUCUCCAUACGUCUGGGUCGACUGGAAUUCCAAAGCCCGUGCCAAUCACUUAUGGUUCUUACGGUGGCAUGGACUCCCAGCUUCUGAUACCAUCACUUGGUCACAAACCCACAUUUCUGAGUUAUGUUCAAGGGAAAAGAGUGUUCUUCGCUCUGCCAGUAUUUCAUGCCGCAAGUCUCAAUUGGACUGUGGGAAUCGCUUUAUUUGCCGGAGUUAUCUGUGUACUGCCUCCCCCAUUGCCGCUCACAGCCGACCUGGCUAGCCAAAUAUUUCAAUAUUCCGAUUCCUAUGGAGCAAUAAUGGCACCCUCACUUGUCAUAGAUUGCUAUAACAAUGAUAAAUAUUGUGUAAAAAUGCUCCAGAAUCUGAAAUUCAUUGUAUACGGAGGUGGAAUGAUACCAGAAGAGAUCGGAGACGUUCUUUGCCAGAGAAUCACACUUACCACUUUGAUGGGGUCUUGCGAAACAGCUCUGCUUCCCCACCAGUUGCUUGACGACCCUCGGGACUGGGAAUACAUCUCUCUAAGCCCACUUCUCGGUUAUACAUUCAAAGAUGAUCGUGACGGGUUAGGAAACUUGACUAUUAUAAGAGAAAAGGAGUAUGAACUACACCAAGGGGUAUUUUCAACGUUCCCACAUAAGGAAGAACAUUCUUUGGGCGAUUUAUUUGAGCCCCAUCCUCUGAAACCUGGAUUAUGGCGCUUUAGAGCACGAGCAGACGAUAUAAUCUCUUUCACAACGGCAGAAAAACUGAAUCCUUCCACCAUGGAAAGUACCAUUCAGGCAAAUCCGCUUGUCUUGUCAGCAGUUAUUGGAGGCCAAGGCCAAUUUCAAGCGUCCCUUCUCCUUGAGCCACGCGAAUACCCCCAGAAUUCUACGGAAGAGCAGGCUUUCCUCGAUCAAGUGUGGCCUAGCAUUGUUCAAGCUAACCGCAACUGCCCAGCCCAUGGCCGCAUCAUGAAGGGAUUCGUGAUGCUUACAGACCCUGCAAAGCCUCUCCCACGUGCAAGUAAGGAUACCGUACAGCGUCAUGCGGUAUUCAAACUUUAUGAGACGGAGUGGAAGUCUCUUUACGAACGGCUAGCUCGAUCAACCCAGAGCUCGAAAAAACCUGUGGUCGAGUCAUCAAUCUUCCCUGAAAAUGCUCAUGAGAAGUCGAGCGAAGCAAAUAAUAGCGCAGUGUUAUCUGAUAAGAUGGCUUUGGCAAUUGAAGCUAUCGUCGAGCAGAAGAUUUCUGCAGCUCUUGAACGGUUCGUAUCUGCACUAGGGGCAGAAACCAAUCAGUUUAUCUGUACGGGCUCCUCAAUUGCUUACUCUGUUUCAAAAGAAACAAAGGCUCCGGGUGAGGAAGUCCUUUUGUCAGAGCGAAGCAUCGGUACUGUCUUUGGCGUUCAGAACAUGACCAACGCCGAGGUCUUACAAUCCAAGAGCUUCGGGAAAACAGCGAACGAUCAUACAAAAGACAUGCUUGCUGGGCGACUACGCCAGAUAAUCUACAACAUACUUGCUGAGAAUCUUGAAGUUGAGGAUCUCAAGGAUGAUACUGAUCUCUUUGAAAUUGGGGUUGAUAGCCUUCAAGUUCUUUCCCUACUCGACGCAAUCAAUGCAUUCAUUGUCAAGUGCGAACAGCCUGUAGAACUCAUUGACAAAGAGGCAAUCUACUCCAAUUCAACUGUUGCGGGUUUAGUGGCAUUGAUUAUUAACUAACAACUUGUUAGGUGAAUGUCAAUCACUGAAAAUAUGAUAUCUAAACUGAUGACUCCUACCCCUUAUGCGAGGCAUAUUUUAAUGGGUAAAACAUAAGCUCGGACUUUUUUUGUUUAUAAGAUUGAUUGGAUUACUUCAUAUGAAAGUCAAAUUAUUAGUAAAAAUACAUCUGUUAAAACGUAUUUUCGUUCUGACUUUAAUCUAACCCUUCUA